AUGCGGGACUCCGGCGUGGGCGGUCUGGCAGCACCGCUGGGGAUGAUUCUUGGCAAAGGCGAUUGCGACCAACCCGUGGUAGCGGGGCUGGGUCGGCGUGAUGCGGAUUUUGACGCCGGGCCGCUGGGAGACACGCCCAUCAUCGGACUCGCGACGACCAUGGAGGGCUUCCUGCCGAUCGCCCUGACGCGCCGGCGUGAAACACUGUUCACGACCGAAUGGACAGGAGGGCAACAUAAGGAAGAUAAGGAGGAAGAAGAAGGGAAGAAUGGAGAAAAAAGGCAGGCGGGGAGGUCGCCGAGGCCAUCCGUGGGCGGUCUGCGGCUGGAGAUCCAGUCGGAGCGGCGCGGGGCGGCGCUGAUCGCCCCGCCGGGGGUGGGCACAGCGUGCAGCCAGGGGGGGCGGGCGGCCAUGGAGGACGCCGGGGCGGUGGUCCACGAUUUGAUCGAGUUUCCGCUGGCGUUUCAGAGCGGGGAGAGGGUGGUGCCGCCGGCGCUGGAGGCUGACCUAGCUGGCCUGUGGGAGGCGCCCCUGGACGGGGGGAAUGCGGUGGAUUGGGUCCCGGGGCCCAGGGGAGAAGUCGCCGCCUGUGAAAAGGGAGGAAAAGAAGAGGGAAAAUGGGCAUCCAGCGGACUGAACCUUGCUGGCAAAGGGAGGGCUCAAGAGGAGGUUAGAUGCCUGGCAAGCGGAGGGGAGGCAGGAGAUGAGGAGAGAAGCCUUUUCGGUGAAGAAAGGGCAGAAGAUGAUGGCCAAUACCUUGCGUGUAGAGGACGGGCAAGAGAUGAUGGAACAAACCUUGCCGGUAAGGGAAGGGCAGGAGCAGAUGGACAGCUUGCCCGCGAAGCGGAGAUGGCGACGGUGGGCGAUUGCAUGCCGGGCUGCGGGUCGCCGAGGUCGCCUCUGGUGGAGAUCCCGUCGGAGAGGAGCGAAGGCGGGGGGGAGGCGGGGGAGGCGGUGAGGCGGGUGAUGACGCGGUUUCACUUCGCGGGCGUGUACGACGGGCACGGGGGUGGGCUGGUGGCCAGGGCCGUGGCGGAAAACCUGCACGUGCACCUAAGGAAGGCGCUGGACGCGGGGCUGGAGGCAUCCGUUCCCAGGUUGCAUGCUGGCCCCACAACCCAGGUGGCCCAGGGCUCCCGCUUCUGCUGGGCCCCCGGGCCUGCACUCCCCCGCGCGGAGCACCCUGGCCUGGGCCUGCCCCAGGUGGCUUGUGCAAUCCACAGCGCCUUUCGGCUGAUGGAUGGCCAGCUGAUGGAGGAGGGGGUGGCGGAGGACAUGGGCACCACGGCAGUGGUGGGCCUGGUGAGCGAGUCACACCUGUGCGUGGCAAACUGCGGGGACUCCAGGGCGGUGCUGUCGAGGGGAGGGAUGGCCUACAGGCUGACAAGGGAUCACAAACCUGACCUUGAGGACGAGCAGGAGCGCAUAAACAGCUGUGGUGGGGUUGUUCUGAACUUCAAUGGCGUGAGAGUAAUGGGCCUGCUGGCCAUGUCACGUGCCCUUGGGGACCACUGCCUCAGGGAUGUUGGGGUCAUUGCUUACCCUGAGGUCACGAUAGUCGGCCGCCAGCCUGGGGACGAAUUCCUGGUGCUGGCCACCGACGGCCUCUGGGACGCCCUCGCUGACCGCGAAGCCUGCGAUGUGGCACGGAAAUGCUUCCAGCGGGUGGAGGAGCGGGGCGCUGGAGCAAAAAUCGCCGCCAGGCUGCUCGUGAGGGCGGCCCUGGAGAGAGGGUCCACGGACAAUGUCACUGUGACUGUCGUGGAUCUGCAUGGCCAGCCACAGGUGUAG